GUCAGUCGUCACCAUGGGGCCUCCGUGGCGGCGCGUGUUUCUGGCUUCUCUGCUGUUACUUGGAUUAUUGUCCGGUGUAUUUUCCGACGACAUCGGUGGAUCCUACUACGGAAACCACACUCUCAGUCUAUCGGGAAGUCCGUACGACGUGACGCGGGAAGUCAUUGUCGGUGAGGCGGCGACCCUGACGAUCGAGCCGGGGGUUCGGCUGUUGUUCCCGGAGGGGGUCGGCAUGACCGUGCGGGGACGGCUGAUAGCGGCUGGGACCCCUGAACAUAGAAUCGUCUUCGAACGGAAGACGAACCCUCCCGGUGAUCAGGGCAGCACAGUGACCCGUGACCACGACAUCAGGCUGCUGGGUCCUACCGUGUUUGAGGGGCGUGUCCAGGUCAAACGGGAGGGGCUGUGGGGUUCUCUCUGCCUGCAAGAUUCGUGGUGGAGGAACCAAGAAGCAAUUGUGGUGUGUCGACAACUGGGGUUUGCAACGGGACGAGUGGAGAACAAGUACCGGUUUGGCAAAGGGCGCAUGGCUGUGGGCAACCUACGGUGUACCGGCAAUGAGGACAACAUCUACGACUGCAGCCACGAUAGUCUUGACUUACCUCCUCGGUGUCUCCAAGGCCAAAACCGUAGAGACCUUGGAGUGGUCUGCGAGGGAUUGAAUCACAGAGAAAACGUCUAUUGGAAGGCAAUAGACAUUCGCACAACCAAUCAAGCUAUGAGGUCCACCCUAGAAAACGUGGAUCUCUUCCAUGCUGGAGAUCGAGGAGGAAAUCCAAACGAAGAAAGAGCCGCCAUUAUCAGCAGAUCAGUUCCACCUCUGUUGCGCAGCGUCCAUAUCAGGCAUUCUGAAGACGCAGCUAUCAGAGUUGUUAACCCAACUGCGCCUUUUCACAUGGAGCAUUGCGACAUCUCAGAGAAUCAAGGAGCCGGGCUGAUAGUUUCGAAUCCUUCAUCAAACGUGACCGUUGUCUCCAGUAUGUUCAGUAAGAAUUUCCCAGUUGGGAUGCAGGUGACCGGAGGACACACACACACAGGAUCAAACCUCCAGAUCACUGACAGCACGUUUGAACAGAACAGCGGUGCCGGUCUGAUGCUGUCUGACGUCCCGAUGAACGUGGACAUACGUCAGUCUAACUUCAGUACAAACUCCCAUUACGGACUCAGUGUGUUCACCACAACCCAAGUCAGCCUUGUGACUGACAGCUGCCACUUUGAUCACAACGGUCUGGACGGUUUCCAUGCACGAUAUCUCGGGGUGUCGGGCGACAGAAGUCGUACAGUCUUCCGUAAUGGUGGUGCUAGAGGUAACGUUGGAAGUGGGUUCGAUCUAGAAAUAGAAUACCAGGAAUAUCAGUCUAUUACAUCUCCACCAGUAUCCGACCAAAUCAUCAUAGACCAAUCCAACUUUGCUUCUAACGAAAACGGCUCAGUCAAGAUAACAGUUGACAACUCUUACGAAGAUCGCUUCCCGGUCAUUCAACUCACAGACGGAGUUUAUCAAGACAACAUGGCGACGGUUAUCGAGGUUGGCGGGACUCGUGCGGAAGUUACAAUCCAGGAGAGUGAGUUUGACUCAAAAGGCAACACUUUCGAAAACAACGAGCAUGAGGCAUGGUCACUAGCAGACAUGCCUAGUCCGAUGAGCGAGUACUGCACCAUUGAAAUCGUUGGAACCGGACAAUCGUAA